AUGGCGGCCAGACGUGUUAUGGUGAGCUCUGAUAUUAUUCCACCAUUAUUUGAUAAAUCUCGUAAAGAAAUAGUUAAUUCAUCAACUAUCGGUAUUGAUUUUCUUGGUAAUGCUUUAAGCAACGAUCUUAUUUACGAGGGCACACGUUUGAAAUGGUGCAAUGACUUAGAUUCUCUUAAGGCGUUUGUUGCCGAAGUGCUUGACCUAAACGGGAAAUGGUGUUCUCCUGGAGGUGGGUCUAAAAGGUUCACAAGCUCCAAUGCUGAACUAACUUUGACGUGGUAUUCAGGCAAGCAAAACACUUUAUUAUUUCAAGGCAAAGAUGGCAACCUAAUUCGGGAUGGAUGUGUCAAAUUCUGUCAGACACGGGACGGUGUUAUGAAGUCGAGUUGUAAACAAGUGCAAGCCCUGUCGAAAAAUUCAGAGUUACAGCGGGAUCUCAUUGCUCCAAAUAUUUUGGAAUCUGAGCCUACAUCUAUAUCGAGACCGGCCAACCAAGUUGAUGUUGCAUCACAGGUAUGUCUAGACAUUAUAGGAGAUAAUUCCAACUAUUUGUCCAACUGUCGCUAUUCGUGUGGCGUUCUAGCUGCUGACGUUGAGGGAGUUAAAUUAGAUAUUACUAUCCUAUCUAACAGAAUCGAUUCGAUUGCAAAUGCUAAUACUGAAUAUUCUCACAAAGAUAAAGAAAUUGAUCGUCUUCGAAGUGAACUAUCGAUUGAGAAGGCGAGAUCUGAAAAGCUUGAAUCUGAGUUGAGUUUGUUUGUGAAAGAACGAUCCCUUGAAAUUGAAAAGUUGAAUCAGACUAUUGUUUCCCUAGAGAAUAAAAUAAUUGAGCAUGAUAAAUCUAAUGCCUCCCUAAAAUUAUUCAUUGACAUUGAUCAGCAGAGAAUUUCCAAACCUCAAAUCCCUGAGCAAAGUAAUUACAAACAAAGUGCAUCUCCAUUUGCUGCUCCAAUGAAUAAUAACAAUAGUAAGAUUAAUAAAAACACACUUAUGAACAAAAACAACAGAAAUGGUCACCGAAACAAUGGUCAUCAUAACAACAGUGGGUUAAAUCAAUGCAAAUCUCAAAACGUCAGUUUACAACCUUUCAUCUCUGUUCCUGUAAAUAAUGGGGACCCUGAAAGUGUGCCGUUUUACGAUACUAAUAGGGACUUACAAAACAAGGCACUACAAAUCAAUCAAAUUGCAAAUAUGCCCGAAAAGCAACCAAUAUCGGAUUGGAUUGGUUCCCUACCGUUAAUAGAGAUACCUAUCCAAGCGAAAAAUAAUCAACAUAUUAAUAGAAAUACCUCGAACAAGCUUCCUUUUCCCAAGCGCCAUCGAACGAAACCACCAUCCUAUCGAACGGGCCAUCGCCACCAAUCCCUCGAAUGGCUGAGCCAUUUGGACAUUGUAUACCAACUGUGCAAGAGGUAGGAAACGUGACGACUAUGUCUAUUCCUACACGAAUUACUGCACGCAAAUCCCAACCAUUUUUUACAACUUACCAAAAUCACCAUAGACCUUGUGGCUCUGACAUACGAAAUCUGAAAAAUAUUGUCGUGCACAAACCUAAUGCCUGUAUUACAAAGUCUGUAAUGUCUUCAACAUCAACUUUAAAAAUAGGAAACAAUUUUCAAAAUACUAGGCUCAAAAUCGCUCAUCUAAAUAUCCGCUCACUUAAAAGCAAUACACAUCUUACCCAACUCAGAGAUUUGGCGCGUAGAGAAAAUUUUGACAUUUUAACAAUAUCUGAAACAUGGCUAAACACCAGUGUUUCGUCUGCCGAAGUAAGGAUAGACGGAUAUAAUCUUUUCAGAUUGGAUCGUCUUAAUAAACGCGGCGGUGGUGUAUGCACGUACGUUCGCAAAGAACUUAAAUCAUCUGUUUUAAAAUCCUUAACUUUCAUUUCCGAAGAAAAUUUCCAUCAACUAUGGAUAAAUGUCCAGUGCCAGAAAUUUAAGUCGCUCAUAAUUUGUGUAGCCUACCGACCACCUGACUGUCCUCUGCACUGCUUUGAACAUACAUUAAAACCAAAUUACAUGGAAGCUCUUGUAUUAAACAAAUCAAUCGUGAUCCUAGGUGAUCUAAAUUGUGAUGGAUUAAAGGAUAAUUGUGUAGAAUAUAAAAUUAUGGAUAGAUUUUUAAAUGAAAUGAACCUCACUCAACUUAUUAAAUCGCCAACGAGGAUCACUGAUGCAACUCAAUCAUUGCUAGAUGUUAUCCUAGUGUCGUCGAAGUCAAUAGUGUACCGAAGUGGAGUAUUGCUUACAUCAAUCAGUGACCAUCUACUUGUGUAUGCUGAACUUAAGAUUAAGUCUCCUAAGCAACCUUCGCAAUACAUUACAGCACGUAGCUUUAAAAAUUAUGUACCGAAUUAUUUUGCAGCUGAUCUUGCGGACAAAUCAGAUUGUCUCCUAUCUAUUUUUGACGGCGACGAUGUAAAUGCUAAACUAAACAUUCUUAACUAUGCGAUCCAGUCUACACUAGACGUUCAUGCUCCAAUUAAAACAAUUAAGAUCCGUAACCGACCAUGCCCAUUUAUUACCCAAGACCUCAGAAACCUUAUGAAAGAGAGAGAUCGAUUACAUCAACGAUUUCUACGUACGCGGGAUAUUAUAGACUGGGUCAAUUAUAAGAGCUACCGGAAUAAUGUGAAGAGAGAUCUUAAGAAGGCGGAGAAUGAGUAUAACUCUAAUGAAGUACGGCAACAUAAAGAUAAUCCGGGGUCUCUAUGGAAAAUAGUAAACCGUCUUAUACCAUCAAAAGGAAAAGAAAGACAAAUCUAUAAAGGAGACCAUAAAUCUCUUGCAAAUGAUUUCAAUCAGUUUUUUUCAUCGGUUGGUGAAAAUGCAGCAAGGGCGUCUUCUCGUCUAGCAGAUACUAACAACAUCAAUCUACGAGAAUCAAUCGAAUCAGUCGUUAUAACUGAAAUCGACCAAUUUAAGUUUAGAGCCGUAACUUGCCACGAAGUACGUCGAGUAGUUUUAUCGUUACCUCUCAAUAAAUCAUCUGGUCCGGAUAAGAUUAACCCACGGAUCAUAAAGGACUGUCUUCCGGUCAUUUUGGGUCCUUUAACGGAAAUUAUAAAUUGUUCCCUUCGUACCUCUACUUUUCCUCUGGCAUGGAAAAAGGCAGAACUUAUUCCUAUUCAUAAAGAAGGUGACCACGAGGUACCCUCAAAUAAUCGACCAGUUUCCCUUCUUGUAGUCGCAUCUAAAGUCUGUGAAAGAUUAGCUCUUGAGCAAUUUAGCUGUUACCUAACAAGCAACAACCGACUAUCCUCCCACCAAAGUGGAAAUAAAAAACUUCACUCGACAGAGACAUUAAACGUUUUUAUCACUGACACCAUCUUAAAGGUCAUGGAUAAAAAGAAACUCUCAGCUCUAGUGUUGCUUGAUCUCUCAAAAGCAUUUGACAGUAUAAACCAUCAGAGACUACUUCAUAAACUAUCAAAUGUCGGAGCAUCCAAAUCAACAGUAAACUGGUUCAGAAGCUACUUAACAGACCGUUUCCAAUCAACCCGUAUUAACUCUACGUUAUCAGAUCCAUUACCGAUAACUUAUGGUGUACCUCAAGGGGCCAUUUUAUCGCCAUUGCUCUUUUGUAUAUACCUUAACGACCUACCCUGUGCAUCUUACAAUGGUGAUCUUGAAUCAUACGUUGAUGAUACGAAAACUUUGUUAUCGUUUCCUUUAACGGAAGCUGACACUGGAAUUAAAAAUCUGGAAGAAGACCUACAUAAAAUUGCGUCUUGGUGCUGUGAAAACAAUCUUUUGGUGAAUCCAGAUAAAACAAAAUUCAUGAUCAUUGGAACCAGGCAGCUGAUGAACGAACUUGAUGUCAAUAUUUCGAUCACUUUUAUGGGGAAGAUUCUAGAACCUGUUGAUUUUGCCAAAGAUCUAGGACUUCUAAUGGACAGUCACCUAAGUUACGAUAAGCACAUAUCGAAUCUAGUGUCGUCCUGCCUUUAUAAACUGUGCCAGAUAAACAGAGUUAAAAAUAAUUUUGACAAGGGAACACUUACAAUGAUAAUCACUUCAUUAGUGAUCAGUAAACUGCUCUACUGUUCCGCUGUAUGGUCAAAUACAACAUGCACUAAUAUAAAGAAACUUCAAUCUAUUCAAAACUUUGCAUGUAAAAUAAUCACAGGAUCCAAGAAAUACGAUCAUGUAAGACCAUUACUCCAAAAUCUUGAGUGGCUCACAGUUGACAAAUUACUCUAUUUCCGUGAUGCCGUAAUGACUUUUAAAUGCAUGAACAACUUAGCGCCGAAAUAUCUUUGUGACAUGUUUGAGAAACGAUCUUGUAUUCAUAAUCGGUCUACGCGGAACUGCAACUCAAUACAGAUACCAUUGUUUAAAACAGCGUCAGGGCAACGGUCAUUUGCUUUUAGAGGAGCUUCAAUUUGGAAUAACUUAGACACUGAGCUAAAGAAAUGUACAUCACUUAAGACAUUCAAAAGUCAACUUAAAGAACACUUACUGUCUACUUAG